AUGUCCUCAGAAGCCCAAGUCAAGCCUGGGGGUGUGCACCCGAUAAUGCUGGGUUUGGAGAAUGCUCCGUAUCCUGCUUCUACGAAACAGGCCGCGGGCGUCGUUGGGGGGCAGCAAACAGAUGUCAUGGUCGUAUCAUUUCAAGACCGAAUACUGGUGACCAUCACACAAAACGGGCGUUUAGCACAAUGGCUUCAUGUGCCGAUGGAAAACCCUGAUCCAACAGUUGGCUUCCAGACAUUGAGCAGCAACCAGGAAGAUGCUCUCCUACCUCGUCCGGAAUUUAAUGCUACUCCUAUACUCGGUGGACGAUCUGGUGACUGGGAGGUUAUUGGACAGCUUUAUGCUUGUCAAAUUGCGACGGCAAUAACCACAAAAACCCCUGAAGAGAAGAGGCUAUUGGUUGUGGGGCUUGGUCUAGAAACCCCCGACGUUGAUCGGGAUAUAUAUCUAGGUAUCGUCGAUCUUGUUCUGCAGUGCUUAUAA